AUGAAGGAAAAUAUGUUCAUGUUGCAUCUAGUUAUUUUAAUGAUGAUUUGUAAUAAUUUGGCAACAAGUAGUGAAGUUGAUAAAUUUACAAAAAAGAAAGAACCAAAAAUAAUCGUCGUUGGUGCUGGCUCAUCAGGAAUAGCAGCAGCGUCAAAACUUUUUGAGAAUGGUUUCAAAAAUGUGACUAUUUUGGAGGCUGAAAGUCAUUAUGAUAUUAGUGACACCAAAGACACGCGUAUCAUACAAUAUUUCAUAGCACUGCCCGUUUGUUUUGUCUCACUAGGAAAUUACUCCGUGGAUCUUGGUGGUCAAUGGGUCAAAGGGGAAGAAGGAAACGCAGUUUUUAAAUUAGCACAGCCGCUUGAUUUAAUUGACAAAUCUGAUGAGCCUGAUUAUGGAUUAGUACAAGAAUAUAUCGAUUCUCUGGGCAAUCCUUUGAGCGAGGAAGUCGUAAAAAAUAUAUCCGAUUUUAGUUCUAAUUAUAUCUAUGAAACAGAUUUUUUUAACGGUUCCGUGUUCGACGAACGGUUCAGCAAUAUCCCAGAAGUUUUUCUAGAGAAGAAGAAAUAUUUGCAAUAUUUAGAAUUAUUCACGAUAAGUUUUUCAUCUGCAGAUUCUUGGCGAGAUGUGUCACUUUUCAACAACGAUCGAUUUAGAGUAUUCCCUGGUGAUCACAUCAUUAAUUGGAAAGAUGAUGGAUAUUCAAAAGUAUUUGAUUUGUUGACGAAGCGUUUCCCGAACCCUGAAGAGGAGCUACCGGUUCUAAACAAUACAAUCUUAAACUCUGAGGUUACAAAAAUUGACUACUCAAAAAAUAAUACAGAAUCUCCCAUUUCUAUAAACACCUUCAAUGGUAUCUCUUAUCAAGCAGAUCACGUUAUUGUGACAGUAUCGUUGGGAGUUUUGAAAAAUCAAUAUGAAACACUUUUCAAUCCUUUACUGCCUGAAUACAAGCAGAAAGCUAUAAAGGGGCUUGGUUUCGGGAAUAUAGCAAAAAUUUAUUUAUUAUUUGAUGAGCCAUUUUGGAAUCUUGGAAACAGACGUGUUUUGCAUUUAAGUUUUGUAUGGAAUGAGGAACAAAGAAAAGAAUUGGAAAAUGAUUCUGAAAAGAUGUGGUUAUUAGGAAUGAUCGGCGCAAUUACUGUACAUCACAGACCUAAGGUGUUAGAAAUAUUCGUUGCUGGAAAAUAUGCGAAAGCUAUGGAAGCACUUGCCGAAGAUAAAGUAUUCAAUCAUACCGUUGAAAAUCUUCAUCGAUUUCUGGAUAAGAAGUAUAAUGUUACUACACCAAUUGCUUUUCUGCGAACCCAAUGGUUCACUAAUCCACAUUUCCGUGGAGCAUAUAGUUACAGAAGUGUUGAGACACAUCGACAAAGAAUUUAUGCUGACUUGUUAGAAGAAGCUUUGGGCGAACGAAACAUAGUACGAACAUUCUUAAAAGAUAUUAUAUUAAUUUUAAAUCAUCAUGUACAAUUAUGCAUGUGA